GAUCAAGAAAUAAGAUAAAAUAAUAAUAAAUUAUCAAAGCAUGUACCAUCGCAAACAAAAAGAGAAUCGUUUAAAAAACAGAAAUUACUUCCAAACCUAAGAAAUCAGUAAAACAGUAUCACAUGAAAGUUCAUAUUAAAAUUUAAGUGAUUGCGUUAAACCAAACCAAGUCGUGAAAAUCAAACCAACAAGAAACUGUGCGAGAAAGAGUGAGAAACGAUCGAUCGGUCGAAUUCCUCAGCUUACAAUUAGCCAUCAAGUGUGCGAGUAAGAUUAUUCUAAUGUUAUCUUGAUCGAAAACGAAAGUGAACCGGGCACAAUGACGAAGAUACUCGGCGUGGAAUUCGCUCCUUUGAACGUGCCUCUGAGACGAAGGCUCGAAACCCUUUCCGCGGCGAUAUGGAUCGUUUGGCUGGGAUUCGGCGAUUUCAUCGGUUGGAGCAUCACGGCUUACCUGCUCUUCCGCACGGAAAUAUUGCGCUACUUCAUCCUACUUUACUUCGUGUGGAUGUACUACGACUGGGACACGUGCAAUAAAGGAGGUCGAAAUGCUCGCUGGAUAUCGUGGCUAAGGAAUUGUGCCUGGUUGCAUUACUUUUGCAACUAUUUCCCACUGAAGUUGGUGAAAACCACUGACCUAGAUCCCACGAAGAAUUAUUUAUUCUGCAGCUUCCCCCACGGGAUCCUGUCGACAGGAAUUUUCGGCGCGUUCGGCUCGGAUGUCCUCGGAUGCAGGGAAUUAUUCCCGGGAUUGGAUUUCCGGGUGGUUAUCCUCGAUCAACAUUUCCGAAUUCCCUUAUUCCGUGAAUAUGUUUACUCGAGCGGUACCGUCAGCAGCAGCGCGGAAAGCCUGAACUAUCUGCUGUCAUCGAAGCCUCAAGAACCGUACACUGGAAGAGGAACAGUUCUGAUCGUCGGUGGAGCGUCGGAAUCAUUGGAAUGUAAGCCAGGCACUUAUCGUAUCCUGGUAAAAAGAAGAAAAGGCUUCGUAAAGAUCGCGCUGAAGCAUGGGAGACCUCUGGUACCUGUGUUCUCGUUUGGAGAAACCGAUGUAUACGAUCAGGUGUACGGCCCAGACGGCUCGUUCCUAAAAAAAGCGCAGCACUUCAUUCGCAAGAAGAUUGGAAUCGCCCCAGUCCUUUUAAUGGGUCGAGGAUUUUUCCAGUAUUCGUUCGGAAUCAUUGCUCAUAGGAAACCCAUCAACGUCGUUGUCGGCGGUCCCAUGGAGUUACCAAAAAUUCCUGAGCCAACCGCGGAGCAGGUGAACGAGUACCACGAGAAGUUCAUCGAGCACUUGAACGACCUGUUCGAGGCUCAUAAGCACAAAUACAUAAAGAACGCUGAUUCAGUGUCCCUCGAGUUGAUAUCGUGAUACGCGUUACCCUGCAACAGUGAUCCUCAAAUUGACGCCAAAAGUCGUUGAAAUCUUCCCGUGCGUCGAAGACAUUCCUAACGUUUCACCGUGUUUUUAGUGAUUUUACAAAGAAGUGAUAAGAACGAAGAUAUACGUACUUUUAUAGAACUCUUUUUCCUAGAUAGAACACGAACUCCCCCGAGCUGUUUAGAUAGAGAGCGUGAUGUUAAUGCGUGGAGUAGCAAUUGCGUUUUAAUUGAAUUGUUAAAGAGGAUUCUUCGUGGUGAAGGCCUUAAAACGGGAAUUGCUCAAACGCGGUUAUAAAUAUUCGAUGUAAUAUGAACGGUAAAUGAGGGUAUGUAAACAUUAGGUAAACAAGAACUCGGAUUGGUGCGAUUUGAAAACAUUUUUUAAUAGGAAAAAUGUUGUAGACAUUCCUGUUUAAUAGGUUUAAAAUAGGACACGCUUUAUGGUGUAUUUUCCGAUGAUUGGUACCAACAGUAUCGCAAGAAUAAUGAAGAAUGUGAACCAAACGAUCCCACGUAAAAUCUGAAAGAAAAAUACUAUUCGUUUCAGUGUGUGUGUUCAUUUUUAACAGCUUACUAUUUCCUACGAUGCAUUCGAUGUAUGUACCUUGUCCUGCCAUUCCUUGUUCGCGAUGCAAUCACGGAAUUUCAUUCGUGAAAAGUGUACUGUACUGUACAAGGGUAUCCAAGUGUUCGGCAUUUGACGGUGGAGUAUCGUGUCCAGGUGUUUGCGCAAGAGGAACGAUUUUCUGUUCACUAAAUCCCUCAUCUGCAAAUCGUCUGGUAUGUAACAAAUUGGUUUAAAGUAUAAAUAUAUCUACUUUCUAAAGUUUUGGCAAUUAAAUUGCUGAAAUUAAUAUAAAUUCAUGUUUCUAUACAGUGAUUUUGAAAAGAUGAUGAUUAUAAAGAUUGAUGAAGCUUUUAAGCUGUUCCAAUCAAUUCCAAUUUGACUAAUUUGAAAGUUACGAAACUUAAAUAAUGCAAGGUGUUAGUAGAUUGAUUGUACACGGAGGAAAUAAUUAGAUAAACAUAUUAGCGAAGCGUUAAAUUCUUGAAUUCAAUGCAAGUUCCCUUUUCACAAUUAAUUAGAAUUGAACUGGUGUAGUUCCUUCCUCAAAGUUCUUAUUUUAUAUAAACUUCGAUAAUGUUUAGAUUAAGUAAAUUUAUGUUCCUGUGUUAUUCGUUUUAGAAUACUAUUUACAUGAACUGUAACACGGUGAACAGGGUGAAGAUAACUUUUUAAAAAGUACACAAUAAUUAAAACAAAAGAAAAUGAAUGAAAGUUUACAGUGCAAAGUUCAAAUGGAGACAAUGAUCUUAUCAAGAAUUUGUCAGACAAAAAGCUUACCUCAACGUAAUUGUACAUAGCUAAAUCGCAUAUCGCGUGAGCGUCGUCGCACCUUAGUUCGGUGAACAUCGGUAGAACCUUACUGAAGUCUGAAUCAUAACGUUCCAUUAACUCAUCCAACAAUAAAAUAUCCUCGAAACCCUGAUAAAACAAAUAUACAAUUAUCAUAAGGUUCAUUUACCUUACAUCGUAACGAAGUUUCAUACGUAUGUCCAAUACCGAAUUCAAGUUUCAUAUAGUAUUUGCUGUUUCACGUGUCAACUUUGAAUACAAAAUAUUUCAAUCGGUAAAUAUCAGUACGUUUUUAGUUAAUUUUAGGGACAACUCACAGCGUUCAUUCCCUGCGCAUAAAAUGGCACCAUAGCGUGUGCAGCGUCACCAACAAG